CUGGAGAGCAGGACUGGAGAGCAGAGCAGCUCCACAUGGAGUUUGCGCACGCACGGACGGACGGAUUAAGACCUGCAGCAGCCCGCGGUUGCUGUGCGCUGCCUGGAUGAACCCGCCCCGGUCCCGGUCCCGGAGCCAGCAGCGCAGCAGCCGGUCAUGGGGGACGGCGGCGGCGCGUCCUCGCCGGCCAACCUCCUCCACCACAACCACAACCACAGCUCCGGGAGCUCCAAUCCAGCCGCGUCCGAGCAGUGGAUGGCGGGCAUGAGCCUGCUCAUGGGCUUGAUCGUGCUGUGCAUCGUGUUCGGGAACAUCCUGGUGAUCGUGGCCAUCGCCAGGACGCAGCGGCUGCAGACUCUCACCAACGUGUUCAUCGUGUCCCUGGCCAGCGCGGACCUCAUCAUGGGGCUGCUGGUGGUGCCGUUCGGGGCCGCGCUGGAGGUGCGCGGCUCCUGGCUCUACGGAUCCUUCUUCUGCGAGUUCUGGAUCUCCGUGGACGUGCUGUGCGUCACGGCCAGCAUAGAGACCCUGUGCGUCAUCGCCAUAGACAGGUACGUGGCCAUCACCUCGCCGUUCCGCUACCAGAGCCUGCUGACCAAAGCCCGGGCCAAGGCGGUGGUGUGCGUGGUGUGGGCCAUCUCCGGGCUGGUGUCCUUCCUGCCCAUCCUCAUGCACUGGUCCCGGGACAGCAUGGACACCGCCUGCUACGACGACCCGCAGUGCUGCGACUUUGUCACCAACAGGGCUUACGCCAUCUCCUCAUCCAUCAUCUCCUUUUACAUCCCCCUCCUGGUGAUGGUGUUCGUUUACGCGCGGGUGUACAGAGAGGCCAAAAAGCAGCUGAGGAAGAUCGACAAGUGCGAGGGGAGGUUUCACAACACCCUCACCGGCCUCACCUCCAAGUGCAAGAGAAAGCCGUCCAAGAUCCUGGCGCUGCGGGAGCAGAAGGCGCUGAAAACUCUGGGCAUCAUCAUGGGAACGUUCACCCUGUGCUGGCUGCCCUUCUUCAUCGUCAACGUGGUGCGGGUGUUCAGCGCGGAGCUGGUGGACAAGGACCUCUUCGUGUUCCUCAACUGGCUGGGUUACGUCAAUUCGGCUUUUAAUCCGGUGAUUUACUGCAGGAGUCCGGACUUCAGGAAGGCUUUCCAGCAGCUGCUGUGCUACCCGAGGCGAGCCGCCCGCCGGCUGCACGUCAGCUCAGGCUGCGACCUGUCGCGCUACUCGGGCGGGUUCGUGUCCGCGCUGGAGCCCGGCGCGCUGGAGAUGUGGUCGGACUGCGGCGGCAUGGUGAUGGACAACAGCAACAGCAGUCUGAUGAUGGGGACCGGGAAGCUGUCUCACUCGGAAUCACAGCUGUGAAGAAGAAGUAUAAAAAAAAAAGUGAAACAGAGAGCCCACAAAAAAAAAAAAGAAAGAAACGACGGGGAAUUUGUGCCAUCUCCAUGGAAAGCUGAUGUGCGCAUGGGGCAUAUUUUAGGUGUCUCCGUUGUUUUCUCCCACAUCAGUGAGCUGAAACACUAGGUCAACUAAAACUAAUUCUAGAUUGUAUCAGUAUUUUCUUUUUGUCCAGGGGCGUCAAUUGGGUAUGGCAAGGUAUGGCAGCCGCCACACCUUUGCUUCAAGGGUUAAAUGUAAAUGUUUGUUUUUUUAAAUACAUUUAUGGAAUAACUACAA